AUGCAGCAGGAUGGCGAGCCCAGCGCGACGCCGGAAGAGGCCGACCUCUCCUGGCUGCACCGUGUCGACCGCAGGCAUCUCGAGCGGCUCUGCGAAGAGAAGAAGCUCUCCGCAGAGGGCGACUCCGAGAUGCUGGCGGAGCGGCUGCAGGGCAAUAGAGGCCUGAGCGUGGCCCAGCUCAAGUCGCUGUGCGAGGUGGUCGAGACGAUGGAGGCGGCAUCCAAUCCAGCUCAGGAUGGCGAGCCCAGCGCGACGCCGGAAGAGGCCGACCUCUCCUGGCUACACCGUGUCGACCGCAGGCAUCUCGAGCGGCUCUGCGAAGAGAAGAAGCUCUCCGCAGAGGGCGACUCCGAGAUGCUGGCGGAGCGGCUGCGGGACAAUACCUCUUUGAGUUACUGCCUUCCCGGCGGUUUGGCUGGCUAUGGGCGUGUCCACGUUGGAGCCAGGCCGCGCGCCGGCGCCUUCCGAACGAUGGCGGACCCCUACGAGAUCGUGCGGGCCGAGGUGCAGCGGCAGCUCGCUUCGGGUGGCGGCCUGGUCGUGCGCUGGCGCAACGCUCCGCCUGCCGGCAAGGACGCCGCCGCCGCCGCCGUGAGGAAGCUGCUUUCCGAGGUGGAGGUGGACCUUCAGGAUCUGGAGGAGACCAUCUCGAUCGCGGCGACGCCGGCCGAGUCGCGCGCGCGCAACGCAUUCCUGCAGGACUCGCUGCGCACCUGCCGCGAGAUGAGGGAGGAGCUCGACCGCUCCUCGUCCUCCACUCCCUCGAGGCGCGCGGGCAAGGGCGGCAGCUCGCGCGCGGAGCUGCUGCGCUCGGACAACGGGCGCGCGGGCGCGCCGUCGGACGCGCACGCCUACAGCGCGCCAGCGAGGCGCGACGCGCCGCUGGAGGCGGUGAUGCAGCAGCAGAUGAUGACGCAGCAAGAGGAGAUGCAGGCGCAGGACGUCGAGCUCGGCAACCUCUCGGUGGCGGUGUCGCGGCUGGACAAGAUGGGCCGCACCAUCAACACCGAGCUGCGGCAGCAGGGCGCCAUGCUCGACGACCUCGACCACGAGGUGGACGAGGCGGGCGCGCAGAUGGGCGGCGCGAUGGCGACGAUGCAGAAGAUGCUCAAGUCGAGCGACCGCGGCAAGUUCUGCGCCAUCCUCGUCCUGACGGCCGUGCUGAUCGUGCUCACAAUGCUCGUCUUUUCUUGA